AUGUCAUCACAGAGAAUUUACACUUUGGGGGCAUCUCCCCUGAUGUAUUUUAUUGCUCAUGAACUGGCCCAUUUGCCGACCCAACCAGCAAUUCCAAACAUAAUUGUAUUGCUUAAUGAUUCUGCGAAAUUACAGCGGUUUCUUGAUGGGGAUUCGAAAAUCACAAUGAGAAAUGAUCCUCGUGUCCAACGGCAGUUUAUGGCUGCUGCCGAACCUCCGAUGUACGUUUCUGGUAAGGCUUCGGCCAUCGAGAAUAUGAUUGUGGUAGAGCAAAACAAGCGUUCGUUGUUGAGCAAUAUUACGCGAUAUACGAACUCAUUAACAAAUCAAUCCAAUGUUUUGCUUGUUAAUCCACCCAUGGGUUCUGUGGAGAGCAUCCUCGAAACAAUAUGGCCACAGGAAAUGGAAAGACCUAAUCUAUUUAUGGGAUUGACUGAAAGAAUGCAAAAUGCAGUCGUUUCAAGAGUACCACAGAAGGAAUUCGACUUCAAUUUGAGAUCGCCGCAUAAACGUUUAAAGAUGUUUAUCAGCCCUAUUCCAAGAGGCCUUUACAACUACGAAGAAUCCAAAAAAGAUCUACUUAAACUUGAGAAAGAGACCCCCUUACUUUGCUCGUUGGUUGAUCUGCCGAGCUUUGAUAUAUCUUUACUUUCAUACGGUGAUGUUAUGUUUCUCCGAUUGGACACUUUGAUUGUAGAGACAUGCAUCGAGUCUCUUGCAGCAUUAUACGAUUGCAAGUAUCGCAAGGAAUUAUUGUUGUUGGAGAAACCAAAAAUUUUAUUCAAACUUCUGAUCAAAGAACAGCUUCGCAUCAUCGUAAACGCAUACCCAUUUUUGAAGCACCUUCCCAAUUAUCCUGUUGUUAUGGAUGAGCACAGACUAUACCACUUGGUCAUAGAGGACCUCGAAGAAUCCAGAAAGACACAAAAGAGCCGAAUGUUGGCCAAUAUACGCAAAUUGUCUACUCCCAAUACGGACCAACUUACUGGGUAUUUUGUUAAGUUAGCCUAUGCUACUAAAACUGACUGUAAGUGGAAUAAACUUGUUACCUGGCUCUUGAACGGAAAGGCUAAGCUGCAGAAGCAUAGAGCGCUGGAUUAUCAUUACUUGUAA